AUGCGAUGCAUUGGUGCUACCAACCCACCUUGUGCUCGUUGCGUGAAAAGUAAUCGGGAAUGCAUUGUCCGCCUUCCAAACCGAAACCAACAUCGAAACCAGCAUCGCUUGUCGACACGACUCGGUUCCAAAUCGCCAGCCGAUCGGCCCCGCCGCAACCCAGAAUCAGAUCUACAAAGCCCAAACCUCGACCAGACUCCGCUGCCAUCCAUCUUUUCUUCCCCACCAAUUACCAUUGCGACCACUGAGAGCGACUACCGGUCUGGCGGCGAUUCUGGCUCCUACGAUGCGAUUUUGUUGAAUGAAGUCCCAGACUCCAUCAUCUUUGAUCUGGUAGAGUUGUGA